UCGGCUACUCAUCUAAAAAAAACCACUAUAAUACCACACAUCUUCAUUUCCAAAUUCAAACACACUUCACACUUUCUAUCUCAAUCUCAAAUCUUCUUCAUCCAUCAAAGCUUCAGUUUUUUCGUUCCAAACCCAAAUGGGUCUCUCAAUCAACAAUCAUCCAGCCACAAUAACACCACGACACUACAACAUCCACAAGCUUUUCCUUUUCUGCAACUACGUCCUAUUGGGUGCUGCUUCAAGCUGCAUCUUCCUCACACUCUCACUCCGCUUAAUCCCUUCCGUCUGUGGCUUCUUCUUGAUUGUUCUACAUAUCUUCACCAUUGCUGGUGCUGUUUCAGGCUGUGCGGCUGUUGGUGCUAACCGUUGGUAUUCUGCUCAUAUGGUGGCGACUGUUUUGACUGCUAUUUUUCAGGGUUCGGUUUCGGUUCUUGUUUUUACGAGGACGGGUGAUUUUCUUGGUCAGUUGAAGUCUUAUGUUAGAGAAGAAGAUGGUUCUGUGAUUUUGAAGCUGGCUGGUGGACUUGCUAUUUUGAUCUUUUUCUUGGAGUGGGUUGUUUUGACUCUGGCGUUUUUCUUGAAGUAUUAUGCUUCUGUGGAAGGGGGUAAUAAUUCUAGGGCUAUUGUUUUAGGAAGUGCCAAGGUUCAACAAGAUGAGGAUUUGAAGGAUUGGCCAUGGCCUUUCCAGGUUUGAGUUUCAAGAGUGAUUUGAAAGAAUGGUUGAGUUGUUUUUGGGGGGGACAAAAGAAGAAACUACACUUGUGUGUGUUACAGAAAUUCUCUGUUUAGUAGUAUAUUUUUUGAUUCAUUUGGGGAUUACUUUCUUUUUUCUUUUGUGAUAGAUGUUGCAUUUCAAAAUGGGUGUCCGUUUUGUAUUGUAAUUACUAUUUCUAUAUCACCUAUAAUGUACUUGGUUUGUUGCUAUUGGUAAUGAGAAUUCAGUGCUAAUUUGCCAA